AUCCCACGGGGAAGUAGACAUAAACCAAAUGGAGAUUAGCAUGGUGCAACGACAUGCUAGUAUGUGUUUUAUUGAGGUAUAAGCAAAAGCAGAAUGAUAAACAAGUCUGGAUGAGUGGGAUGACUCAGUCACCAUGUGUUUUCUAUUCUUCAGCAAGAACUAGAGAUACGAUUUGAAGUAUCUGUCAAUAGCAGUAUGCUAACUAACAUUAGCCUCAAAGGCCACAAUCUAAAAUUGAGAUUAGUGAUGGAAAAAAAAACCAAAAGCAGAGGUGUAAACAAAUCUGGAUGAGUGGGGAGCUGUGGACACCAUGUGUUUUCUUUUCCUCAGCAAGAGCUGGAGGUGAGAUUUAAAGUUUCUGUUAACAGUCGUAUGCUAGCUAGCGUUAGCCUCAAGUGCUUAAAUAUUUACUGUUGAUUGGUAGCACAAUGAUGCUAUGUGAUGCCUUCAAUAUUCUGAGUGCAGUUCAAGCUUAAGACUGGAUCAGUAAACCCUCCAUAAUACCAGGUGAUCUGUGCCAAUCAGCAUGUUGUGGAAAGGUAUUUAACUAGUUCUCUUUAAUUUACAGAGACCCAACAGAGACAGUGGUGAGAGAAAACUGUCUUUUAUCAGGCAGAAACCUUGGAGCAGGUUUCAGGUGGAUGGUCGGCUGCCUUGACCAGUUGGGGUUUAAAGAGAGCCCCAAAAAGUCUGAAGCGGAACCUUAACUCAUUUUUUUGCAAUGCAAUGACCUGCUGCCUUUGAACAAUGAGUGGCGAAGUGUAUACAAAAUGAGUAUAGAUUAUUCAUGUGGCUUAUAAUGUAUUCAUCCAUAUCAUUUUUUUUGAGAGUAGCAUGAAUGAACUAGCACUGAGUGAUAAAUGAAUAAACCUUCCAUGUUUUUUUUCAGUACGACUUGUUUUUGUUUAACCCCACUAAGAAAUAAUGUGAAACUGUCACAUUUGCUGUGUGAUAAGAAACACAAGGCUGCACUGUGCACCAUAAAAAAAACAACAAAAAAAAACAAAAAACAGAGGCAGAUUCAUAUAUUGAACUGUGGAAAAUAAAGCCUGGACACUUUCAGGUUAUUCCAGAUAGGAAUGUUUGAACAUGACAUUCUUAAAACUUUUUUUUUUAAUUUGGGGAUUAAAGAAUUAGGACUUGGUGUAACCAUCAUGGACAAAUGAUGAGACAGUACAGUGUAAUAAUUCAUAGCAGGCACAUGCAGUGUCAGUGCAGUGGAAACAGUAACAGAGCUGUCGUAUCGUUUGUGAUCCCACCUGCUGGACUUUUCUCUCCAUCUGACUCGAUCAGGACCUCGGUGACUGUCUGAGCAUCUUCAUCUCUUCACAGGUGACCUUCUCUAACCAGGAUAUCUAUACUGAACCGAAAACACAGGAGGGAUGCAGUGGGGGGCUGGACUUUGGGGAGAAAAAUGAAAAUAAAAUGAAUAUGUUGGCACAGCACUCUGAUCCAACUCUGAAAACUCUUUGCUCCGGUCCUACAGAGAUGACACCUGAUGUAAGAACGCUUGAAUAUUGUAGCAGUAUUGAUCUGCAAAGUAAUAUAAGAACAGGAUACCUGCACAGGCACAUGUGCUGUGUCAUUUUAUACCCAGCUGAUUUGUCAGUGUGUGAUCAUGGGGAUGCUUCAGUCAGAGCUCUGAAGAAAUGCUGCAUUUUGGGGGUGCAAUGAAUAAGCUGAAAGUGUGCACAGGUAGAAUGAUGAUAUCGGGAAACACACUGACGGACAGAGAGAGAAGGAGAGAGAGAGAUCACACCUCCCUCGCCUUGCUCUGGUAAGGUUGGGAGGAGGAGGAGGAGCAUCAUAACACCGCCUGAAGGACGCAGAGCUGCGGCUCGGAACCGGGCUGAGAAACCAAAUCCAGUCGACACCGGUCCUGGGUGGAGAUGUAACAUCCCGGAUGUGGAGAAACAGCGUCCUGUAGUUCUACGUCGGGGAUCAGAAGCCGUCACACAUAUACAUGCGUAGCCUACGUAUUUAAAUGUGAUGUAGCCGAUACGCACUGGCAGGACAGGCGGUGAAGAGAGGUCGCAGACGGACUGUGCGUAAUGCUGAGUGGACAGCAGUAUUUCUCGCUCUGUAUUUCAGCCUAGACGGGCUAUUGACAAAGACAUUCGCACUUGUUCUGCAGUGCAGCUCGUCAUUUUAACCAGAUGCUCUCCGCCGGACCGGACCCGUUCAGUUUCAUGCCGUCCAACCCGACCGGAGCCUGAGCCGAAGGAUGCAGGUUAAAAACCAGAUCUGCACAGAGCGGAGCAGCACCGACGACCCGGAGCAGGAUGACAACCAGAAGAAGACCUCGUGUUUUUCCAACAUCAAGAUUUUCCUGGUGUCGGAAUGUGCGCUCAUGCUGGCACAGGGCACCGUGGGCGCUUAUCUGGUAAGUGUUCUCACCACUCUGGAGAGACGCUUCAACCUCCAGAGUGCCGAUGUGGGCGUCAUUGCCAGCAGCUUCGAAAUCGGCAACCUGGCCCUCAUCCUGUUUGUCAGCUACUUUGGCGCCAAGGCCCACAGACCCCGCCUGAUUGGCUGUGGCGGGAUCGUCAUGGCAUUGGGGGCACUGCUGUCGGCCCUGCCGGAGUUCCUGACUCAUCAGUAUGAGUACGAGGCCGGGGACUCGUGGCACGCUGAGGACGGCAGAGACGUCUGCUCCAACAUCACCAGGUCAGAGAACCGAGACUCUGGGUUUAAAUGUGGCAACAGAGCGAACACCAACAUGAUGUACCUUCUGCUGAUCGGAGCCCAGGUUCUGUUGGGCAUCGGAGCCACACCUGUCCAGCCUCUGGGAGUGUCCUACAUCGAUGACCAUGUCCACAGGAAGGACUCCUCGCUGUAUAUAGGUAUAUUAUUUUCAACAUUAGUGUUCGGCCCGGCCUGUGGCUUCAUCUUAGGUUCUGUCUGUACCAAAGUCUACGUUGAUGCUGUCUUCAUCGACACCAGUAAGCUGGACAUCACCCCAGAUGACCCUCGCUGGAUCGGGGCAUGGUGGGGCGGCUUCCUCCUCUGUGGUGCCUUACUCUUCCUGUCGGCCCUCUUCAUGUUCGGCUUCCCCCAGGCGCUGGACGUGCAGGACAUGGAUGGUGGAGGGGAGAGUGAGCAGGCCAUGCUGCCUUCUUCCCUAACCCUGGAGUACCAGGGCUCCAAACCCAAUGGGGCCAUUCGUGGCUUUGAUAUAAACAGCGGACUCUCAGUUUGUGAGCAUCUGAGAGUGAUCCCCAGGGUGACCAGGCACCUCCUGUCUAAUCCGGUGUUCAGCUGCAUCACGCUGGCAGCCUGCAUGGAGAUCGCUGUGGUCGCUGGCUUUGCUGCCUUCCUGGGUAAAUACCUGGAGCAGCAGUUCAACCUGACCACCUCUUCAGCCAAUCAGCUGCUAGGUAGGCAGAUCACAGCUGUCCAAGCAGAGGGCAACUCUUUUUGUCUCUACUCAGUAAAAUGCCGGUGGAAAAAGUUGGCCAGCACUGGACACUCUUGUCCUUUCUCCCCAGGUAUGACGGCCAUCCCCUGUGCCUGUCUUGGUAUUUUCCUCGGGGGGCUGCUGGUGAAGAAGCUGAACCUGUCAGCUCUGGGCGCCGUCCGCAUGGCCAUGCUGGUCAACCUGGUGUCCACCGCCUGCUACGUCUCUUUCCUCUUCUUGGGCUGUGACACCGGACCUGUCGCCGGGGUGACAGUCUCCUAUAGCAACGAGACGCUGCUGUCCUGGCAGCGACCUGAGUCGGCGUGCAUCAGUAACUGUAACUGCUACACAGCAUCAGUGAGCCCCGUCUGUGGUUCCAAUGGAGUCACCUACCUCUCAGCCUGCUUCGCCGGCUGCACCAAACCAAACCUGACCAGCUGUACGUGUAUAUCCAGCACCAGCGAGGAUGCGGUGGCUCUACCAGGGAAGUGCCCCAGUCCAGGCUGUCAGCAGGCCUUCCUCACCUUCCUCUGUGUUAUCUGUGUGUGCAGCAUGAUCGGAGCCAUGGCCCAGACACCCUCCGUCAUCAUCCUUAUCAGAACUGUGAGUCCAGAGCUUAAAUCCUAUGCCCUUGGAGUUCUGUUCCUGCUCCUCAGACUGAUCGGCUUCAUCCCUCCACCUCUGAUCUUUGGCAUGGGCAUCGACUCCACCUGUCUGUUCUGGAGCACCGUCUGUGGCGAGAAGGGAGCCUGCAUGCUGUACGACAACGUGGCCUACAGGCAUCUGUACGUCAGCAUCGCCAUCGUGCUAAAGUCGUCAGCCUUCAUCCUGUACACCACCACGUGGCAGUGUUUGAGGAAGAACUACAGGAAAUACAUCAAGAACAGCGAGGGGUACCUGACGCCCACCGAACUCUUCGCCUCCAAUGUGACUCUGGACAAUUUGGGCAAGGAGAUCACCCAGAACCCAGCCAACAGGACAAAGUUCAUAUACAACCUGGAGGACCACGAGACGUGCGACAACAUGGAGUCAGUUUUAUAGUUGGUGGUCUGAACUGGGACUGCGGACUGGAGCUGACGCUGUUCAUGUGCAACUGGUCUGAUGUGCGAUGUUUCUGUGGUGUCGUAUCAGUUUAGAGGAAUGUUGUCAGUGAGGGUCUUAUCUUCUUCACACCCAAAAACAUCAAACUUUACAGAAAAAAAAAAAGCUGAAGAGAAGUUUCCCAAAAUAUUCUAUAUUCACUUUGUUUUCUUUUUACUGGAAUACAGAUGAUCCAGUCCAUUACUGACCAAAUCAUAUGGCCAUUUCUUUUUCUUUAAUUUGACAGCAGGAUAGAGAUUGACAGCACAUGUUGGAGAACAAAGAAGGAAUGACAUGCAGCAGCUGUCUCCAGCCAGAUGUGAAGCAGGGAUCUUGCAUUUAAUGUGUAUAAGACUAAUCCUCCAGGACAGCCGGGAGUUAACUUCUUCACUUCAACUUCAUGAGCAGUUAAGUUCAAAUUGUGCUCAUAUUAAGUUUCAUUCAUAAGCUUUAUUAUUAUAUUAGACAGUUUAUUUUCCUUUAGAAGGAAGUACUUCUCAGGGCCAGAUGUCCGAUAGAAAGGAUGACAGUUAACAUGGUUGUUCAUCAUUAGAUGAUGCAUAUUUUAGCUCAUGGUUGAAGCACUUUUCCAGACAUACAGAACAUACAGUCACAACCCUUCUACAGACUUGAGACUGAGAGACUGUGUGUUCUCCAAUCAGUUUUAUUUCAAACUUUCAAAUAUGUCACAAUGAACAGAGAAAAACAGAGAUGAAUACAGGAACAGGAACAGGAAUAAGACAAGUGGUUGAGAAUAAUGAUAAAAGAAAUCAGCACCAGGUGACAGCUCAUAUAUCCUGGUUAAACUGUUACAGCCUCUGACGUUAGAGGACAGGACAGACUCAAAAUAUGAAAUAAAAAUAGACAAAAUACAAAAAAACCCUCCACCCUAAAACCAAACAAUUUGAUUUCUAACCCAGUAUACAAUAACUGCACUCACUUUUAUCUAACACAAGUUUCAGCUCUAAAAAUUACGAAUUUCUAUGAAACUACGAUGAAAGUUUGUAUCAGAAAUGUAUUUUUCAUUUUGUGCUGCCAGCCAUUUUUGGUAGAGUUGAGGUCACCUCAACGGGUGAGACCAAACUCUUCAGUCUGAGUCGUUGCACAUAUUCUGUCAGGUUUAGAAAAAUAAGAAAUAAGGAACGGAGUGUUUUUAAUAGCUUUCAGUGUAAUCGGCCCUUCUUGUUCUAGAGGGCACUUUAGGACAUUUGUUGAAAGUAGAGGAGUGUUGAGCCAGUGUGUGAUAAUUAUCCCUUUACUGUGUCAUAGUGUGGAGUUUUGUUCUGAAUGCUCGAUGAGACUCUGAGAGAAAUUUUCUGCUUCAGAGCCACAGAAAUGUUUUGUUUUUUGUUCUGUCUUUUUCUCCUGAUUGUUUGAUGGUCUUACCAAAAGCAACAGACUAUGAGGGAGGAUAUACUGCAGGAAUAAGGUGGCCCACCUGGGACUAGCUGGACAGGACACUCAGUAACUAGCUAAUACUGAUUCAGUAACCGGCCCCUUGACAUCUCAGUCACAUGACGCUCCUCUAACUGAUGAUUUGACCCUACAACCAUAAUGAAUCUCCCAGGAACACUAAUAUUGAUGGCAUAUUGAGACAGAAACUCUGUUAAACUUGGUGUUGUAAUUCCACCCUUAGGGACGCCCCCCCUGCAGCAGUAAUGCAUGGAAAACACAGCAACGUGAUAAAUAACAAGCAGGGAACAUCGCAAAUAAGACUCUCCAGGGUGCGUGUGUGUAGUCGGGUCAUAGCGGGUGGAGGCUGUGGGGGAGGAGGCCUUCAACAAUACAAUCAGUAACAGCAGCAAAGCUCACGUGAGCGCACAGACCAAGUGUGACAGCAUUUAAGUAGAAUGCCAAGUCAAAGCAGUGAGACAUGAUGAUUGUGGUGGGCUAGCUGUCAGCAGACACAGCGUAGCAUGACGCACAGUGUCCAUCCAGAAUUAGUUCAUUUAAAAGCAUGCUGGAAAUGCAUGCAAUGAUAAAAAAAAUAAAAAUAAAAAAUAAAUACUCAGCAGUCACUAAGCUGCACUCUGUGGUUUGGUGGCCAUGGUAAUGGUUAAAUCACAUUUAACUCAAAUGGCCUCCAAGUUCUAUUUAAUACCAUGGAAAAGCUUUAUAAUGCAUACUGCAUUGUGAUGUUUUUAACAAACCUCAGCUGACUCAUAAUCACUCACACUGAAGUGAUUGUCUAAACGCGUUUUGUUUUUUUGUUUUUUUUAAUUUAAUUCAUUUUUUAAGGAAUUCUGUGGGAUUCUGAUUUGUGACAUAUCCAGUUUAUAUAGAGAAUCGAUUGUUUUUCCUGGCUUACUUUGUAAGUAUUUAAUAUGUUUUGCAUCAAAAAACUAUGGACCUUUGUCCAGCCACUUACCAUCACAAUUGAUUUCAUUUCCAAAAUGUGUAAUCUCUCUGAUGCUUGGAGGUGGGGGUUAAAGGAGUAGUUCAGUAUUUUGGGGAAUAAGAGAAUUCACUUCUUUGCUGGGAGCUAGAUGACGGAUCAGUACCAGUCUCAUGUCUGUGUGGUAAACAUGGAGCUGGGGCCAGCCGCUACGUAGCUUAGCUUAGCAUCAAGACUGGAAAUAGGGGGAAGCUGCAGAUAUACAAGAAAAAAAAAUACUAUGAUGUUGUUGUUUUUUUUCUGAUUCAUAUAAAAUGAGUUACAGUCCUGCACACAAAUGAAUAUUGAUGUUAGAAGGUUAAAACUUCAGAGGCGCACAUUGAUGGAUUUUGUUACCAAAGCCAGGUUAGCUGUUUCAUCCUGUUUUCCGUCUUUGUGUUAAAUUACGCUGACUAGAACUUGUUGUGGCUUCACAUUUACCACUCUGACAUGAGACUUGUAUCACUUCUCAUCUAACUAUUAGCAAGAAAGCAGAUAAUUGUAUUUCCUAAAAUGUUCUUUUGAGUUAGUUAAAGCUCCAUGGUUCAGUUUCAUUUUAUGUUGCCACUCAUGUUUUAUGAGUCAUUUGUUUGCAAAUGGUGGAAAUGAUUUUGGUUCCACACGUCUUAUUUAACGUAUUUAGUUUAGCACUUCAAUGAAACAAUAAUAUAAGAUUUAAACUAUACAUUGAUGGUGCUUCAGCAUCAUGAAAUAUAAAGAUAAUAUUCUAUGAAAUGGAGGUAAGAUGAUAGUUGUUUGAGAAUGUUGAAGAUCAACAAUGGACCUACAUUCAACAGAGCCAUGCCAAACCCGGCCAGACUGAGCUAGUGUCUGCUGGUUUGAUGUGAGAGGAGAGUAUAAAUACAGAUCUUUAGCGCCACAGUGAGAAGAUUUUUUGGGGCACUGACUAACGUUUGAAACAGUUUCCAAGUUCCAAAUUUGACUGUCCCUGAUGGGAGGAUUGGCUCCUUGCAGCACCUUCAGGACAUUAUGCUGAGAUGUACAAACAAUUACAAAGAAAGCUUCUAACGAGGGAGGAGGGUGUUAACCAACGUUACCAGCUGGCCUCCGUCUCCUCCUCAGCAACCCCCCCGACGGGCGGCGCUGUCUGUGAUAACUGUAAAUGUCCAGUGUGUCAUCGUGCUGACUCCUCUGUAUAUAAUAGUGCCAUACAAGUGCCAAAGUGACACCAUAGAAGUGUUCUGUAACGUCCUGCAGAGAACUUUGUCUCACCACGCUGGAGCUCAGAGCAGAUCCUCCGGCUGUAUGUAGCCUUUCUGUGAUAUCCCUCCACUUACUUCCAUCAUAUCAUACAAAAGUGUCCCAAAAACAUAUUGCCUAUAAAAUAUUGUAUAUGGGUCUAGAAAACAGUCUUAUUUAGGAUGUAAUAACUGUUAAUAUGUAGGACUUUUCUACUAGUGAAGGUAUUGUCUUAUUUAGAUUAAUCUCUCUUUCCAUCAGUGGCAAAGCUGAAAAACUGUUUGUUGCUUUGGUCCAAAUAAAAACAAUACUUUGCUUGAAACAAGUGGCACCAAUGUUAAGCUUUAGCCUGACAUUGUACAGUAGACGAGGUCAACUGUAGAGAAGCAGUCGGACUUCACUGAUAGCAGUCCUGCACCUGUGCCUGGACAUUAAGCUCUACUCUGAGACUUUGUGUCGGGAGCCUAUGUUGUGCCAUAUCAACCUGUGCACUGUAACAUUCAACACUCGCGAAGAAGAAGCCAACAUAUUCUAGGUCUGUCUAACGCGCUGGAAGAUGUGACAGCGCUUGCUUGACCUUGUAUUCACCUGCGGCGACAGGACUGUUUUGCCUUGUGAUGAGAAAACAACUUUGAAGCAUAAAUGUUUUUUUACAUCCUAUUUUUCUCAUUAUUCUCUUUUGAUGAGCUUGCCUUGUGGUAACAGCAGGUUGACUUUUAUAGCAGAUCUUUAGUGACAGAAGCAUUGACAUAUGAAGAGUUUACUUCCAAAAUACAACAUUUUCGGGGGGAAAAAAAGUCCUGAGGUUUAUCAUUCAAGAGACAUUUUGACAGUAACUGACAGAUAUAGUGUAAAUAGUUCCAUGAUUUGUUUUUGUUGCAAUUAUAUCUUAUGGAUAGUCACUUUUUGUAAAUGACGGAUGUUAUUCUGGAAGUGAACUCUUCGUAUGUGGCUAGAUAAUCCUUUGGUUUGAGCCUUAGGCAGCAUGUUGCCUUUGAUUAAAGUGAAACCAUGUGCUAACCAUGUUAGUGACGGUUUUAGAGUGAUGUGUUUGCCAAUGUUGUGGGUGGUAUUCAAUGUGUGAAUUUCAUGCAGGAGGACCUUUCAAAAGGAAAGGGCAUUGAAACAGGAAAAUAUCACCUAUAUUUUCAAAGCAUCACUAAAGAUUUUUAGAAAAAUGCUCUAUUGCUUCUUUGAUUUAUUUUCCUCUUUUCUUUAAAUUAUAUGAAUUUAUAUUUAAAAGCUUUAUGUUCUGUAUAUUUCUUGGAGAAGAUUACA